UAGGAUUUUAAAUUUCUGCUGUGCUUGUGAGUGCGUCUGUGUUGCUGGUGGAAGAGAGUAAAACCAAAACCAGAGAGCAGGAAAUGGUGAAGGGAGUUCAACAAGGCCAAAACUUGCCGGCUGAUUUGACCCAAGUCAUUGAUCAGUUGGAGCGCCACUGCUUGGCUCCCGAUGGUUCCCUCGUCUCUAAAUCCGCCUUCUACGACCUCCAACUGGCAAGGGAGGAAAUGUCCAAGGAAAGACUGCGAUACUUGGAAGCAAUGGCACUGUAUAGCGAGGCAAUGGCAAUGGUGGAAGAGUACCAGCAAGCGGUUUCGAUGGCUAACCUUGGAGGAAGUCGAGAUGUGCAGGGUGUCUAUCAGCAAUUGGGCUUGAACAACUCUCCACAGCUGUAUGAGACAUUAGAGCAUCGCAUGAUCGUUGCAGAAGCAGCUCAAAGGUUGAGGCUUCCUCUGAUCUCUAAAGAUGGUGAAAUCCAUGAGGAAGAAAUUGAGAAAUGCAGUGUUUUGUCACGAACUUCCCUUGAUAGUACUAGCACUGGUACAAUCAGCUCAAGUUCCAACUCGACAAGCUAUACUACUGCAACUGGCACCAGUGGUGCAGCAAACAACAAUCUUUCACUUGGUGCUUCUGAUGUUGUGGAACCUGGAGUUGGUGGUGUUCCCAAUUGUUUUCUUGGAAUUACACCUGCUUAUCUAUGGCAAACACAGCUGCAGCAAACACCAUUCUCCCCGGAUAUGACAGAAUAUCAGGUGUCUCUUUCACGUGAGAUUGAGGCUCGUUUGCAUGCUAAAUGUGACAAGCUAGCUGAUGCCGUUAUAAUGGAUGACACUGACUCAUCAUCUGGACAUCAAAAUCUAAAUGCUCGUCUUCCAGAGAGGGUAAAGUUAAUAAUUGAGGAGAUGGAAAGGGAUGAAGCAGCUCUUCAAGACGAUCUAUAUUCUGCAGAUAGAAAAUUUGCUGAAUAUUAUAACGUCUUAGAGCAGAUUCUGGCAGUGCUUAUUAAGCUGGUCAAAGAUUUGAAGUUGCAGCAUCAACAUAAAUAUGAAGAUCUGCAAAAAACAUGGCUGUGCAAAAGGUGUGAGACCAUGAGUGCAAAAUUGAGGGUUCUGGAGAAUGUUCUCCUUCUUGAAACUUAUACUAAUGAGUCAAUACCGGCCCUUCAUAAAAUAAGGAAAUAUCUUCUUGAAGCUACAGAAGAAGCUUCUAUGGCUUAUAAUAAAGCGGUUACUCGUCUUCGAGAGUAUCAGGGUGUUGAUCCUCACUUCGAUACAAUUGCAAGGCAGUACCAUGAUAUUGUAAAGAAAUUGGAAAAUAUGCAAUGGACAAUCCACCAGGUUGAAAUGGACCUAAAACGUCUCCCUGAUCACGCAAAUGCAUAGUAUCUCUUGUUUCUGUUUGGCAUUGUGAGCUGAGUUAUCCUAUUUUGCUGUAGUCGCCCAAGCCUCCAAUCGAUUCAUCACCUUCUUAGUGAUUGUUUUGUUGCAUUAUAGACAGGAAUGGAAAUUGGCUUCCAAUCUAACCAUUUGUUUGUACAAUUUUGUCUGUACCAAGAACUUGAUUUUACCAAGUAAAAUAGUUGCAGAGACACAUUGUGUACUGACUUGUCUCAAUCGAAUGCUACUGUUGAAGAGUUAUGCUUUUGAAAUGGCUUAGCAUUGUGUAAA